AUGCUACCGAAGAAGCUGGUUGCUGCUCUUGUAGAAAAGAGAGUGGAAAAGAGAGAGAGAAAGAGAGCAUUUCUUGAGAAUGGAGGGCUUGUAUUGGAGAGGCUGGUUGCCUCUUGUAAUGGAAGGCCUAUUCCCAUCCGCACCUUCUCCUAUAAAGAACUUCUCUUGGCAACCAACAACUUUGAUCCUCGCCUUAUUCUACGUGACGAAGGGCAUCAUCAAAUUUACAAGGGUUCUUUUGAAGGCCGAGUACUUUCCAUUAAGAAGUAUGAUCAUGUGUACAUGGACGAGGUACUAACGGAUUUAGGUAUUUCUGCAAAGACAAGCGCUCACAAACAUAUUCUGCAACUCGCAGGAUGCUGUCUCGAGACUUCAAUUCCGGCUUUAGUGUUUGAAUAUGCUCAAAAUGGAGUCCUUGCCGAUCAAAUAUUCUGCAACUCGCAGCAUGCUGUCUCGAGACUUCAAUCCCGACAAAAAGGUAUGCCCUUAGUGUGGCAGAGCAGGUUAAAGAUUGUAAGGCAGAUUGCUCAUGCAAUUUCAUAUGUCCACACUGCAUUCUCAAGGUCCAUCAUCCAUAGAGAUAUAAAGUUGAGUAAUAUCUUCUUAGACGAGCAUGAUGUUCCCAAACUUGCAAAUUUUGAACUUUCCAUUUCAAUUCCCGAGGGUGAAACUUACGUGGACGUUGCUAUUCAGGGGACUUAUGGUUAUGCAUGCCCUAGCUAUGUCGCUACAGGAAGGAUAACGGAGAAAGCUGAUGUUUAUAGCUUCGGUGUGGUUAUGCUAGAGAUUUUAACUGGACGACCUGUAUUUGAUAAAAAUCGCGCAACUAGAGAUCAUAAUUUACUAGAGCUAGUAAGAAACUGUGCUAUAAAUGAGAUUGUAGAUCCUGCAAUCCUAGCAGAGGAUGGAGGAGUUGGUUUGGAGGAAUCGCAAUUGCAAGCUGUCCUGCGGCUUGCUCUCAUAUGCAUAGAGAACGAUCCAGAGAUAAGGCCGACGAUGGUGAAUGUUACAAAAGAACUUAGGCGGAUUGAGAGGUCCAUCGGAUGAUUAUUUUCUCAAUUGGCCCAUCUAAUUUCUUCUUCCCAUCAAGGGUCAAUUUAUAAGAUAUUUUGUAGUUGAUUUUAUUCUCGAUUUUGAGCCUCGUUUCCCUUGAAAUCUGAGUAUGUCUUCCAUUGAUAUCUUCAA